UCAAGAUUGAACAAGAAAAAUAAAGAUACUAAUGAUUGUAUUAAAAACUUUCAAAUUAUUAGUGCUGAGGUUGCUGAGAUGAAAAAUUCUGGUGCAGCAAAGAGCCUUGUUGAGCCUUGUUGGGUAAAAAUGGAGGUUGCUGGAAUGAGAGAUCCUAGUGUAGUGAAAAGCCUUGUUGAGGUAGAAAGUAUUGCUGGAACGAGGAACCUUGCUGAAGUAAAAAAUGUUGCUGAAGCAGAGGGUAUUGUUGAGAUGAAAUAUAUUGUUAGAACGGAAAGCCUUGUUGAGUAA